AUGGCACCAGCCCUGCCCGCGGGAAAUCCCAAUAAAAGAGGGGAAAGUCGAGCCAGGAAAGUUCUUUGGGGACGGAAAACGAGCGCGUGUGAGACCCCGCGCAGGGUGGGGGGACAGGCAGGAGCCACACCCCGGACCCGGCACCCCGAGUCCCACCCGGGGCACCCCCGAGGGGUCGGGGCCGGGGCCGGGGCCGGGGACCGCCCCUGGCCGCCGGGUUCGGCCCCGCUCCGCCCGCACCGGCGGCUCCGGGACCUGCCGGGUCCCCGGGCUCGGCCGGCGACGCCGCCGCUGCGGCGGGAGGAGCCCCCGCGGACCCCCGGGCCACUCCCCGGCCGGCGAUGGGACACUGGGGACACUGGGGACACUGCGGGACAGCGGGGAUGCAGUGAGGGCACAGCGGGACACGGUGAUGGGACAGCGGGGACACGGUGGGGACACGGCAGGGACACAGGACAGGACCCGCCGCCCGGCCGGCCCCGCGGCACCGGGGCGGGCACGGCCAGCGGGACCCCCAGAGCCACCGGGGUCACCCCAACCAAGGGCACCGCCAGCGGGACCCCCAGAGCCACCGGGGUCACCCCAACUAAGAGCACCGCCAGCGGGGUGUCCCCCAAAGCCGCCGGGGUCACCCCAACCAAGGGCACCGCCAGCGGGGUGUCCCCCAAAGCCGCCGGGGUCACCCCAACCAAGGGCACCGCCAGCGGGGUGUCCCCCAAAGCCGCCGGGGUCACCCCAACCAAGAGCGCCGCCAGCGGGACCCCCAAAGCCGCCGGGGUCACCCCAACCAAGAGCGCCGCCAGCGGGGUGUCCCCCAGAAAGGGCCCCACGACCGGACCCCCCAAAGCCAGCGCGGCGCCCCCUCCGAAGGGCACCACGGCCGCCCCCUCGAGGAGCAGCACCACGACGGGACCCCCGAAGGGCAGCGCGACCCCCGCCAGCCCCGGGGACCCCGCGGGCACCGCCCCCGCGCCCACGGUGAGCAAGGUGGCGGUGAGGAGGAGGAAGGUGGUGAGGAAGAAGGUGGUGAAGAAGAAGGUGCUGAGGAAGAAGCCGGAGGCUCCGGCCGCGCCGCAGGAGCCCCCGUGUCCCCCCCUGGGGCUGGAGUCCCUGCGGGUGCUGGACGAGCAGCUCCGGGCAUCGAGCCACAAGCGGCACGGGCUGGGCGCGCACCGCGGCCGCCUCAACAUCCAGUCAGGGCUCUACGACGGUGACUUCUUUGACGGCGGCUGGUGCGCGGGGCGCGAGGACACGCGGCAGUGGCUGGAGGUGGACGCGCGGCGCCUCACGCGCUUCACCGGGGUCAUCACCCAGGGCCUCAACUCCAUCUGGACGUACGACUGGGUGACGUCCUACAAGGUGCAGGUCAGCAACGACUCGCACGCGUGGCUGCCGAGCCGCAACGGCACCGAGGAGGCGGUGUUCCCGGCCAACAAGGACCCCGAGACGCCGGUGCUGAACCUGCUGCCCUCGCCGCUCGUGGGGCGCUUCCUGCGCAUCAACCCGCAGAGCUGGUUCCGCAACGGCACCGUCUGCCUGCGCGCCGAGGUGCUGGGCUGUCCCCUGCCCGACCCCAGCGAUGCCCACGCCUGGCACCCCCCGGCCCCGCCCGAGCCGCAGCUGGAUUUCCGCCACCACAACUACAAGGAGAUGAGAAAGCUGAUGAAGAGGGUGAGCGAGGAGUGCCCCGACAUCACCCGCGUGUACAGCAUCGGGCAGAGCUCCCGCGGGCUGCGCCUCUACGUGAUGGAGAUCUCGGACAACCCCGGGCAGCACGAAGUGGGCGAGCCCGAGUUCCGCUACGUGGCCGGCAUGCACGGGAACGAGGUGCUGGGCCGGGAGCUGCUGCUGAACCUGAUGCAGUUCCUGUGCCGCGAGUUCCGCCGCGGCGACGCCCGCGUGGUGCGGCUGGUGACGGGCACGCGCAUCCACCUGCUGCCCUCCAUGAACCCCGACGGCUACGAGACCGCCUACAGGCUGGGCUCGGAGCUGGCGGGAUGGGCCAUGGGCCGCUGGACGUACGAGGGCAUCGACCUCAACCACAACUUUGCCGACCUGAACACGGCGCUGUGGGACGCCGAGGACAACGACCUGGUGCCCCACGAGUUCCCCAACCACUACAUCCCCAUCCCCGAGUACUACACCUUCGCCAACGCCACGGUGGCCCCGGAGACGCGCGCGGUGAUCGCGUGGAUGCAGCGCUACCCGUUCGUGCUGAGCGCCAACCUGCACGGGGGGGAGCUGGUGGUCACCUACCCCUUCGACAUGAGCCGCACCUACUGGAAGGCGCAGGAGCUCACCCCCACCCCCGACGACGGCGUCUUCCGCUGGCUGGCCACCGUCUACGCCACCGCCAACCCCGCCAUGGCCAGCGCCGAGCGCCGCCCCUGCCACCACGACGACUUCACGCGCUACGGCAACAUCAUCAACGGCGCCCACUGGCACACCGUGGCUGGCAGCAUGAACGACUUCAGCUACCUGCACACCAACUGCUUCGAGAUCACCGUGGAGCUCUCCUGCGACAAAUUCCCGCACGCCUCGGAGCUGCCCGCCGAGUGGGAGAACAACCGCGAGUCGCUGCUGCUCUUCAUGGAGCAGGUGCACCGGGGGAUCAAGGGCGUGGUCCGGGACAGUGACACCGAGCUGGGCAUCCCCAACGCCAUCAUCUCUGUGGAUGGCAUCAACCACGACGUCCGCACGGCCUCGGACGGGGACUACUGGCGGCUGCUGAACCCGGGCGAGUACGAGGUGACGGCGCGGGCCGAGGGCUACGAGGCGGCCACGCAGCCGUGCCGGGUCUACUUCGAGAACGUUCCCACCCCGUGCAGCUUCCGCCUGGCGCGGGCGCGGGGCCGCCACCGGCCCGGGAGGCCCCGGCCGGGCCCGGACCCGGCGCUGCGGCUGCAGCGGCUGCGGCUCCGCCGCCUGCGCGCCCACGGCCGCGGGCAGUGA